GCUCUUGGCGGGAAGAGGCCCGCUGCUGAGCCGCGGCAAGAUGGGGUCGCGCUCAGCCAGCGAGGAGAAGGCGGGCUCCAGACAGCGACUCCAGGUGAAGGUGAAUGAAUAUAAAGAAAACCAAAACAUCACUUGUGUUUCUCUGAGACCAGUACAGACUACAGUUUUAGGAAAAACACCUAAGGUAUAUCUUGUUCCAUUUUCACUCAGUAAUUACAAGCCAGACCAAGUUAAGCACCCCAAAUCCCUAUUGAAUAAGAAUUUUAACAAUGAAGUUGCAUGUAAGAAAUGUAAGAAGACUGAAAUAAGGAAAACUUGCAAGAGGACUUUAACUCCAAAGAUGGAAGCCACAUCCUCCAAGACAGAAUCCACCUUGGAAAAAUCAUCUUUAGAUGUUUAUACUGAAAGUAACAAGCAACAACACAAGAGCACUUCAGAUACGGUGAUUCCCAGUGUGGUUAUGGAAAGCAUUCAGGAUCUAGACAGUGAUGAAGAUACCAUAAUAGGCCUGGAUGAAUUUUCAGGAUUGUCACCAUAUGAAAGGAAGAGACUGAAGAACAUAUCAGAAAAUGCAAACUUUUUUGCUUCACUUCAGUUGUCUGCGUCAGCUGCAAGGCUCCGUGAAAUGAUAAAGAAGAGACAUCCUCCUGAAUCCAAAAGAAAAAAGCCUAAGAAGAGAGAAAAUGGGACUGGAUGUAGAAGGUCAAUGAGAUUACUAAAAGUAGAUCCUUCUGGAGUGUCAUUACCAGCAACCGCAACCCAGAUGACAUUAAUAGCAGAUGAAAAUCCUUUGUUACCUCCUGGGCCUUUAGAAAUGACUCCUGAAAAUCGAGAUGAUGACAAUGAACUAUUUAAAGGAUUCCUACAGACUUGGGCAGAAGUGAGCAAGACAAGUAUUAAGAAUACUGAGAAGGAGUUAUCUAGCAUUAAAAGCUAUAAAGCCAAUUUAAGUGGCAUGGUCAUUAAUGAAGAUACUGUUCAUAAAGUUACCAAAGGCCCAAUAUUCUCUGUCGCUCUUCACCCAUCAGAAAUUAGAACUUUGGUGGCAGCUGGGGCCAAAUCUGGGCAAGUUGGACUUUGGGAUUUGACCCACCAAUCUAAAGAAGAUGGAAUUUAUGUUUUUCAGCCCCACAGUCAGCCAGUCAGCUGUCUUUACUUCUCACCUGCCAAUCCAGCUCACAUACUGUCACUGAGCUAUGAUGGCACAUUACGCUGUGGGGAUUUUUCAAAGGCUGUUUUUGAAGAGGUAUAUAGAGAUGAAGGAAGUAGUUUUUCCUCGUUUGACUUCUUGGGAGAAGAUGCCUCCACUUUAAUAGUAGGACACUGGAAUGGAAAUACAUCGCUGGUGGAUAGACGGACACCUGGAACUUCUUAUGAGAAGCUUAUCAGUUCUUCUUUGACAAAAAUAAGAACUGUUCAUGUUCACCCAGUGCAUAGACAGUAUUUUAUCACUGCAGGAUUGAGGGAUAUUCAUAUUUAUGAUACAAGGCACCUGAAUCCCAGGAGAAGCCAGCCUUUGAUUACUUUGACGGAACACACAAAGAGCAUUGCUUCUGCCUAUUUUUCACCACUUACUGGUAACAGAGUAGUGACCACAUGUGCUGAUUGUAAACUGAGAAUAUUUGACAGCAGCCAUAUAUCCUCUCAGAUUCCUCUGCUCACUACCAUCAGGCACAACACCAUCACUGGGCGAUGGCUGACCAGGUUCCAGGCUGUGUGGGACCCUAAACAAGAAGACUGUGUCAUAGUUGGCAGCAUGGCUCAUCCACGACGGGUAGAAAUAUUCCAUGAGACAGGAAAGCAGGUGCAUUCUUUUUUUGGUGAAGAAUGCCUUGUCUCUGUGUGUUCCAUUAAUGCUAUGCAUCCAACUCGGUAUAUUCUGGCUGGAGGCAAUUCCAGUGGGAAGAUACAUGUUUUUAUGAAUUAAGAAAGUUUCUGAGCAUUUGGUUUAGCAACACCAGUUUUGUUCACAUCGUUGUCUGAGGAGCCUAGUAGUUCAUGUGACUUGGUCUCUUUACUUGUUAAUAUGUUCUACUUAGCAAAUAUAAAAUUGCUUUAUUAGUAAGAACUGCAAGCAGAAUGUACUUUUAGUAAGGGAAAAGGCUGUUGUUUCUUUAGGUUGGGGAGGGAAUUUGAGGGGAGGGUGUGAAUGUUUCAGCACUUCUAAUCAGGCAGUAUACUGAGAAAUUCUAGUAUUAUAAGUUACAAAGCUUUGAUCAGUAUUAAAAGUUUUGUUGUUUAAUGAUAUGAGAGUUUUGAUAGUGAUAUUUGGAUUUGUGGUUUAUAGUUUGGAGUGAAUAUUUAUUUCUAGACUCAUACACUGGAAGAGAUCCUUAAAGUUCAUCUAACUUAGUGAUUUUGAAACUUUUCCUUUUUUUUUUCUAAUAGAGAGCUCCUCACCCCCCACCCCACCCACCUUUAAAUUAAACCUUAUGUGAAAUCCCAAGAUAAUCUCAGUAAUUAUUGAGGCCUUGUUUAUUAAGUAGGUUAUUAAUAAGAGUUCCCUGUUUCCUUGAUGAUAGUAUCGGAAUUGAUAAGUGAAAUGGAAAUACUGAUUUAUGAAAUUGAAGGGAAAGCUAAGUGAGACUGACUUCUAUCAAACUGUCCUGGAGAUAAUAAAUGAAGCCUAUAGACUUCAUUUCCCUUUUCUACACCACUUCAUUUCACAGGUCCCAGAGUGGCUACUUUGUGAGAAGUGUUCUUUUUUAAAGAUAUUGAAAAAUACUCCCAUUAAAAUUAGUACCAUCAUUUAAGCUUUGAAUCCUUGGUGGUAAUUGCCCGGUUUCUGCAAUAAAUGUUAGCAAAUUCUUGA